AUGCAAACGUUUUACGCUAGCUCCAGUGGUCCUGCUGGUACCCAUGGAGAGAGGGGCUUCAGGGGAGAGCCGGGAGCACCAGGUCCAAAGGGAGAGCCUGGAGAGAAGGGGUUACCGGGAGACGGCAUACACCAGAUCAGAGAGGCCCUGAAGAUCUUAGCCGAGAGGGUUUUAAUCCUCGAGACUAUGAUCGGUAUCCAUGAACCUGAUCUGGGGUCUGGGGAUGGAGCUUUCGGUACAGCGUCCCCUAGCUUCUACAGGGACAAGCGCACCGGAUCCCUUCCACAGCGCCUGUCCACUCUGCUCUCCUCAUCUGACAGUAAGCCCCGAAGGAACUAGAACUUUACCAUGAUCCUAAAGUAUAAAUAAAGAACUCCAAAUGGGAAUUAUGGCUGGAGGAGGGCCAGUCAAGGAGCAUGGUCUCAAGGAGAAGAUCUCAGGAAACCCAAGCUGAUUUAUGGCGGGUUUCACAUGGAGUAAGCAAUAACCACUUCCAUGACUGCUAGGGGAGGAGAGGGGGGUC